UCACGUUUAAGUUUAAAAGAACGCCGUACGUCGGGUCUCGGCACCUCCUCUUGACGCUUAAAUUUACGUCUUGUCGAAACAAUAGCGUAGAAAGAUGGCAACGGGAGGGUCAACUCGUGCUCGUGAACCUACCACCAUGCCCGUCGCAGUUCCCGACAACUCCCGAGACCGGCUCCGGCCCUGGCUAUACGGCAUGAUCGACCGCGGCGAGGUCCCGGGCGUGGAGUGGCUCGACGCCGACAAGAAGAAGUUCAAGAUUCCGUGGAAACACGCCGGCAAGCACGAGUACGACCAGGAUAGAGAUUCCAAACUGUUUAAGGAAUGGGCGGUCCACACCGGCAAGUUUCGGCCGGGGAUCGAUAAGCCCGAGCCGGCGGUGUGGAAGACCAGGCUGCGGUGCGCCCUCAACAAGCACCCCAAGAUCCACGAGGUGAAGAACGAGAGCCAGCCGGAGGACCCCAUCAACCCUUACAAGGUCUACGUCUUCUCCGACAAACCAAUCAAGAGCAGUGCCAAGCAGAGGCACCGGUCCGGCAGCGUGUCCAGCGGUAACAGCUCGGACGGCUACGAAGAUUCCCGAAGUCCCGAAGAGGCCGUCACUCCUCUCGCUGCACCCCCGUCCCAACAGAUCAUCACAGCGGUGACCACCAGUGGAGUCUGUCUGGGGAACUCUCCGCCUCGUAUUUUCACCGAGCCACAGGCCUUCACAUCAACAACAACGACACCCAGUCUUGGAGACACCGCAACUUCGUCUAUGCGAGAGGACUCCCUAACGAAGAUCCUGCAGGACAUGUUGGGCCAGCCCGGCCACGGGGACGGGGUCCAGACCAUGCAGGAGCUGCUGCAGGGUAUGCAGGGCGUCCCCGGGCUCUGUCCGUCGGGCGAGUUCACCAUACAGGAGGUCUCCUUGCCCAUGGACGUCACAACCGCCGCUGAUAACCCCGCCGUCAUCACGGAACCGCUCUACACUAACGCGCCCAUCAAGAUCGAGACCCAACAGCUGGCGAACGUUGACAUGACCCAGCUGGGGGUCGGGGCAGAGGUCACGUGUGACGAGGACAUGGAGACCGAUGACGUCAUGCCCAAACCGGUGCCCACUGUCCCCACAGCUGUAGUCGCCCCAGAGCUCAGGAUUUAUCCGGCUCAUGAGUUGGAUAUCGAGGUCGUCUACUACAAAGCCGGGAAGGUCUUCCAGCAUCACGUGACCAACAGGACCGGCUGCCGUCUGUGGUUCGGCGACCGGAACCAGCCCAACCUGAGACAGACCGUCGACCCCAACCUGUCCCCUUACCUGUACGGGCCUGCCGACGCGGAACAGAUCCUGCUGCCGCCGCGCCAGCCCUCCAACAGGCAAAAGGACGACGAAGUGGUGCAAGGUCUGCUGAACAACAUGGAGCGGGGUCUCGUGCUGACCACGGAAAACGGAAACAUCUCUGCCACCCGCCUCUGCAAGACCAAAGUCUUCUGGAAGAGCAACGACAACCGCAACGGGCAGGCGGAGCGUUUGGAGAGGGAACAGGUUGUGCCGGUGUUCGACUACCAGAACUACCUGCGUGAGCUGAGCGCCUACGGCAACAGCGGAGGCCCCAAGCCCAAGUGCGAGGUCAUCUUCAGCUUCGGGAAGUGCUGGAGCGAUGACGUACCGCUGGAGAAUACGCCCAUCUACGUCAUCGUGCGCAGCCGCACUGCGCAACACCUGAUGAUGGCCGUGGACAAGGGCGCGACCGACCACGAUGCGCAGAACGCACUGCGCAGCAUCGACGCCAUGGUGUCCAACUCGAACGAGUUCGACAAGUUGGCCACGGACGUGAAGGAAUACGUCAAGGUCAAGGACUUCUAGAUUCUGAUACUAAACGGGGCUCGAAAUACUUUUCUAUACAUACCUGCACUGGUGGUGUGCAGGUAACAUUGAAAAUUACUAGUACCUGCACCAGACAAAUUUUACCUGCACCACUCUGAAUUU